AUGUUGCAGCAACUGCCUGAUGUCUGGGGUCCUGAUGCCCUUGAAUUCAAUCUGAAAAGAUUCGAGCAUGGAGUUCUUGGUGCUUGCAAGUGUCCUCAGGCUUACAUACCAUUUGGAUUUGGUCCUCGGAUUUGUGUUGGGCAGCACUUAGCCAUGACAGAAAUGGAGGUGAUUCUGUCUCUUAUUUUAUCCAAGUUUUGCUUCUCGCACUCCCCUGCAUACCAACACUGCCCAGUAUUCAGAUUGGUUAUUGAACCUGAUCAUGGACUAAAUCUCCAUGUGAGGAGGGUGUAA